AUGAUCUCCGACGAUGACCUCUACCGCCUUGCCAUCUUCCUUGGCUCCUGCGCCAUGAUGAUGAUUGUCCUAUACCACUUCCUCGAUGUCAAUUCCAGCGAGGAGGAACCAGAGUCUGCUGAAUCAGCAAGCCAAAUUAAGGAGAAUGUCCCAGUGGUGUCCACAGGCAGGGUGUCAGCUUUAGGGAAGGGGAAUUAA